CCGCAACGCAACUCAACGUUACCCAAUUCUACGCUCCGUUCCGCAUCGCCUUGAUGAUAAGACUUGAUUGAACCCUUGGGAUUCAAGCCACUGAUGCGUCACGGAUUUGGUUAACUCAGUUGCUGCGUCCGGCUCUGUCGAAUUCCAUCCAAGAGAUCACUUGCCUCAAGGUUUUUUGGAAAUGGUCACCCAUGGAUGCGGUGCAUCCAUACCCGACGAUGUGCCAGGCGGUGCUAAGACUCUUACUUCGAAAGUUGUGGAUGCAGGAGCUGGGAUUCUGCAGAAGCUGAAGCCGAUUCAAGCGUUUCAGCAACACAUCUGCACAUGGGCGAUCUUCUCGCAGAACAUGAAACGCAAAAUCGAGACGCACCACUACGCUGCCCGUCUCAACGACGAUUUUUUGCAAUGCGCUGUUUACGAUUCCGAUCAGGCUAAUGCUCGUUUGAUUGGAGUGGAGUACGUCAUCUCGGAAAAGGUUUUCAAGACAUUCCCACAGGAGGAGAAGCAGCUAUGGCACUCUCAUGCAUUUGAACCAGCAGUUGACACGAGGGCAGCUGUGACAAUAGAUCAAGGAAGGCCUAUGGGUGAAUCCAGGCGUGCCGGAAGUGAUACAGAAGCAGGAACUCAAGGGUUUGGCAAGCACCUAUGGGAAAUUCUGGUGCACAUGGCAAUUCGACCAAGGUGACGUGCUGCCCAUGGGGCCGCCCUCGCUGAUGAUGUCUCCCCAGAAAGAGGACCCAGGUCGAAUCCCCGACCCAAGUAUACAGAAGCGAGAUGCUUACUAUGGCAUUUCGACUCCGAAUAUGUCAAAGUCUCGCGCUGACAUCAAAGAUCCGGAAUCUUUAGACCCCAACGCCGAUCGCUGGAGACAAACUGGCAAAGGCUGGCACGUGAAGCUGGUGGACGUGCUCAUGGCUCUCGGGUAAGCUUCCCAUGCUCACCACCCACCUCUCCAGCGGAGCUCUUUCGAUUUACUGCGACGUGAACGAGCAGCUCGACCUCUGCGACACGCUCUGUACAAAACCCACCUCGCAGAUAGCGGAGCUUCACGCGCAGCUGUGAGAUUGCAAGCGAAGCUGCAAUGCCUUACCUUGGCCUUGCGUUCUGGUCUGUGAAGGUAAGGUUCGAAAUUAGGGUUUCAGUCCUCAUGGCGCAAUUCGUCACGUUUGUACAAUUUUCCUCUUGUAAUUCGGCGAUGCACGCUUGAUCAGCAUUUGUUGCCAUGAAUUGCAAUGAAAUGUAUGUACGUGUGAAAUAAAGGAUGGUUUAUUUUUUUGUGGAA